AUGGCGUCGCCGCCGCCGCCCUCCUCCUCUGGCGUGCUGGAGCGGGAGGUGGUGUUGGGCCGGGGCGGCUGCGGGUCGCCGCCGCCUCCUGGGCCGGCAGUGGGGCUGCGGGUGGCGCAGCGGGCCGGGGGCGGGCCGGGGGUGGUGGUGUGGGACGCGGCGCUGGUGCUGGCCCGCUUCCUCGACAAGAGCGCGGCCCACCGGCCCGCCCCGCCCGGGCGCCGCCUCCGCCUGCCGCUCCGCCGCAAGGCCGCCCUCGAGCUGGGCGCCGGCACGGGACUCGUCGGCCUCGUGGCCGCCUGCCUCGGGGCAAAUGUUACAGUUACUGAUCUCGAGGAAGUCCAAGAUUUGCUGAAAAUGAACAUUGAGAAGAAUCAACAUUUGGUCACUGGUUCCAUUCAAGCCAAGGUACUGAAAUGGGGUGAAGAAGUAACAGACUUCCUUCCUGCGCCGGAUUAUAUACUGAUGGCAGAUUGCAUCUACUACGAAGAGUCGUUGGAGCCGCUGAUCAAGACUCUGAAGGACCUUUCUGGUCCAGAGACCCUCAUCCUUUGUUGCUAUGAAGAAAGAACUAUGGGUAAAAACCCAGAAGUGGAGCAGAGAUUCUUUGAGCUUCUUCGGAAGGAUUUUGAAUUGGAAAAAGUUCCCCUAGACAAGCACGAUGAGGAAUAUCGGAGCGAAGACAUUCUUAUCUUUAUAAUUCGGAAGAAAAGAACGGUAAAUUCUAGUUGCGAUAAGCAGGGAGGUGACUGCUGA